AUGCCCAAGCCACAAGCGAAGCCCCCGGCCACGGAGAAGCCAGCCUCAUCUGCUGCUGGCAAGAAGCAGCAGAAGACCAAAAAGCCCCAGCCAGCCCUCCCUGCUGACAAGCAGCCAAGGAAGCCCCAGCCCCAGGCAUGCCCACACCGGGACACCGCCAGGGCCACGCCCGCCACCACGGCCGAGACCACCCCCGUCGUCGACGAGACCCUCGCCGAGCCCCGGCCCGAGCCCCAGACCCAGGCCAUGGAGACGGACAUCCCCGUGGUGACACCACGGCCCCCAACCACCCCGAAGAGCAGGAUUCCACCAGUAAUCCUGCGUGACGGCCGGAGAUGGAAAAAAUGA